CGACGCGGAGCUUUUCCGCCUCGUGGGUUUGCGCACGAGAAGAACAUCGGAAAAGUUGUUCGCUCCCGGUCUCGAUCUUUAACAUCUUCUACGUUGUAGGUGAAGAUCGAAACUCCAUCUUCAUGGAAUCUCUGCACCUGACAGGGCCGUUGGCUGCUCUAGCAAGCGAGCCCAAAUUGAGUGCCAAACUUUCGAAAUACGUCGUUACACCGUACACGUGCACUAAAAUUGCAGUGGCGAGCUUUGUCGUGGGAGUAUUUGUGGGAUUCAGACUAAAAAAGUCUAUUCGCAGAAUGGCAGAACAGCUACUGAAAAAACUUAGAGACGGUGAUUGAUCUUUCUUGAUAUAAUACGCGAACCAUGACAUUGAUUUCAUUCAAGUGCGUCUAGCAUCGCCGUCCUCAACAAAAUUGGCAUUUCUUGACAUAUGCCUGCUCAAGGCCAUCCCUAGACCACCAAGUGCCACAGUUGGAUGGAGCGAACGAUCUUGCGGAAGAUUACAUUGCAAAAGAACAAGCUGGUAGUUUCUGCCCUGUUCACCUGAUCGAUCAAUGCACGUUCUAUGAGACACAGAAAGGGUAGAACUCAUGAAUCAAGACACCAAAAUCGAAUAUCGUUGAAAUCUGACUUUGAUGGUCCAAAGUUGUGGUACAGAUGGAU